GCAACCCCAGACCCCCCAUGACUCUGCACCCUCUACAUACACACAAAUGCGACCCAACUGAGAAACUAGCUGGCACACAGAUAACAGGUACCAGCGCAUCACAUGAAAACACACACAUCAAACCAAAUAACCAUCAAAACCCUAAUAGCAAUCCUCAGAAUCAAACAGGAAACCAUCUCAAACACUCAGAGACUCUGAGUACACCCCAACCACAGAACAAAGCACACAUCAAACUUUUGAAAACUACUACGAAACAACAGAUGUUGCCCCAAACCAAUGUGAAAGCUGAAACUAGUAUAGGCACAUUGCAGAUCUCCAAACUGCAAAGCAUUGAAAAUGAUAACACACUUCCCAAAUGCCCAAAUUUUUCACAGCUGAAUCAGACAAGCAUCCAUUCUAAAUCCUCUGUCUAUUUUCAUUCACAUUCAAAUGUUAAACACCAAACUACAGGACAGAAUUGUAUGAAUCAAAGUGUCAUAUCCUCCACUGCUUCAAACACACAGCAACAGGUACAAUUCCCGAAUGGAUUAGAGUCCAAGUUUGACAUGCGCAAUAAACGAUCAGUGUGCUCACACACAAAUUCCAGCAUGAAACCUCAAAGCGUUACACAAAUCUGCACUGACACAGACCCUGUAUUCACCACCUCACCCCCUGAUUUACAUUUUCCAUUGGCAGCGCACACACAUAAACACCCUGGGUCUCACUCAGGUUGUCUUGCAUUGAUACACAACAACACAAGUCCACCUAAAAACACACUUUAUCUCACAAACACACCUAAGCAAUCUUCAUUUAUUAACACGCACAAAACAAACACCAAUAGCACAUUAUUGCAGGGUAUAUUAUUGCAUAAAGGCACACAGUUAUACCCUCAUCAUGAGUCAAAAAGCCAGUAUGACAAUCUCUUGUUUUCACAUGCCCCAAAUAUGUCAGUCCAUCACAAAGCAACACUUAAAGCGCAAACAAUCAACCAUCAGAACCUCUCAAAAGCAUUUACAACAACUCAGACUGAGGUGGAAGUGCAUUCGUACACCAAAGAACAUUCUCAAACAAGCCCCAGGGUCAAGACAGCAUCACAAAGACUAUGUGUUCAUUCAAAUACGCCACACAGACAGACAGAGCCUGAAGUUGUCAGACAGUCUGUCCAAAAUCAGCUUAGUAAUGACACUUGUGAGUCCUCAUUACUAGCCAUUGCUUCCAUCAGGGCAUUUCCUCAAGCCGAGACAUGCACCAGGACUGGAUUUAAGCCUUUGAGUGACACAGAGUCAAAGAAACAAGCUAAUUUUGCAACAGGACCAGAAUGUCAAACAAUCAAUGUCUCACAACACCAACCUGCACUUCAGCCGCCAAACAAACCACCCCACUUUGUGUCCCAGAGAGCUCAAAAUGCAUGUCAGCCUCUUAAGCCUUCUUCUGCACCUUCAGUAGCCCCAGUUUUUAAAUUUGUAAUAGAGGGCACUGAAAAUAGAGGCCUAAAUGUGGCCUCUAAUCAAAAGCCACUUCUGUCACCCUCAGGCACUGUCAUCCUCCAACACAUACAGAAUGCUGAAAGUCUCCAGAACACAAAGGCACAGAUGAAAUCUCAAUCCAGUUCCAUCUCACAGGCUGUUGGCUCUGUCCCAAAUGACAGCUGUUCCCUAACACAUGACCACCCUCAUUCUGCAGUCUGGUUGCUGCCUGCAUCGCCACACUGCAGCAGGCCACAGGACUCUAAGCAUAGAUUAGAAAUGGUAGAGGCAAGUCUGCAAGCCAACAAGGAAAGAAUCACAACUCUGCUCAACAUCAUUCAGGACCUGGAGAUGAGCCACGCACUCAGCAAAGGCCGGCGAUGUUUUAGGACUGGCCAAGACCUUAGCAACUGCACCACUUGUCAGAAGACUGCAUGUGCCAUCUACAGUGUGGAGUAUGACUUCCGACAACAGGAGAGAAGAUUCAGGGAGCUCUUCCAGAGUCUGUGUCCUCCAUCUCCAGAAAGGAGAGAAGAACAAUGUGAAGAAUCUCUUUCUUUACUUAGCUCACUCAUUCAUAACCGCAAAUUACACCAGUUGAACACCAAUAUUACGACUCGCAUUCAGUCUGAAAGUCAACAUCAAAUUCAGCCUCAGAUAAAGUCUCAGGCUCAAUCUCAGAUUCAUUCUCAGUCACAGCCACAGAUUCAUUCUCAAAUUCAGUUUCAGACUCAUUUUAAGUCUCAGGCUCAAUCUCAAAUUCAAUCUCAGUGUAAUUCACAGAUUCAUUCUCAAAAUCAGUCUCAGAUUAUGUCUCAGAUUACAUCUCAGUCUCAUAUUACACCUCAGAUUCAGUCUCAGUUUAUGUCUCAGUCUCAGGUUAUGUCUCAGAUUACAUCUCAGUCUCAGAUUACGCCUCAGAUUCAGUCUCAGAUUCCGUCUCAGUCUCAGAUUAUGUCUCAGAUUCAGCCUCAGAUUAAUUCUCAGUCCCAGUUCAAGACUAAAAUCAAGAAGAAUAAAUUCUGCAGGAAACUGUUUAACUGGCUACCACACAAAGUCCAAAGGAAAUGACGAUACCAUGCCAAGUAUCUGAUUUUCAUGCCUGGCUCUCCACCCUCUGGUAUGCAGAGUUACAAACUAUCUCAAACUCAGUCUUAGAUUACAAUAUGUCUCAGAUUCUGUCUCAGCUUUAGCCACAGACUAUAUGACAGAUUCAGGCUCAGUCUCAGAUUAUGCCUCAGAUUCAGGCUCAGAUUAUGUCUCAGAUUCCAACUCAGUCUAAGAUUAUAUCUCAGAUUCAGCCUCAGAUUCAAUCUCAUUCUAAAUCCCGGGAAUCAGUUCCAGUUCAAGACUAAAAUCAAGGGGAAGGAAUUAUGCAGGAAGCUGCUCAACUUGCUUCCACACAAAGCCCAAAGGGAAAGACUAUACCAUGCCAAGUAUCUAAUUUUCAUGCCUGACUCUCCACCCUCUGGUAUGCUGAGUCACAACUCCUUUUGGUUUUAAUGCAGUAUUAUGUCUGACUUUUGAUAUUUUUUGCAAUGGAGCUUCCAUGACAUCUGUGACUGUAAACUACCAAGAAGAAUUUGCACUAUGAAACUAGAGAGAGACAAUUCUAAAACAUUACCAUUAUGAUUUCAUUACUAAAAUGCUUAAGAAUUAAAUUGAACAUGAUGCUUGUCUUGACUAGUUAUGAAAGGUUUUGCCCCUAAGAUGCAGAUGAACAUUUUAGGACAUGAUGUGAUGUGAGGUUGCGGUACACUUCACUUCAUUCUUGAUCUCCCAAAUAGACAGCUAUCAUCUGUUAGGUCAGAGCAUUAUGAUGUACUAUGGGACUGACAUAUGGAGUUUCAAUGGAUGAAUUUUAGCUAAAUAAACCACAGAUCCA